CCGGAGCGCCGCCGGAUUGGCAGCGAGGGCCCGUGACGGCUGCGCCCAUUGGCUGGGGCGGCCCCGUGACGCGGGGUGGCGACGGGCUCCCGCGUCCGAGGGGCUCCCGCUUGUCAGGUUCUAGAUAUGUGCUGAUUAGAAGGCUCAGUUGUGCAGUGUGGAGGAUAAGACAGUGCCUUACAAAGAUGGGGUUUGGGAGUGACCUGAAGAAUUCACACGAAGCUGUGUUAAAAUUGCAAGACUGGGAAUUACGGUUACUGGAAACAGUGAAGAAAUUCAUGGCCCUGAGAAUAAAAAGUGAUAAAGAAUAUGCAUCUACUUUACAGAACCUUUGUAAUCAAGUUGAUAAGGAAAGUACUAUCCAAAUGAAUUAUGUCAGCAAUGUAUCCAAGUCUUGGCUACUUAUGAUUCAGCAGACGGAACAGCUCAGCAGGAUCAUGAAGACACAUGCGGAGGACCUGAAUUCUGGGCCCUUACACAGGCUCACCAUGAUGAUCAAAGAUAAGCAGCAGGUGAAGAAGAGUUACAUAGGUGUCCAUCAGCAGAUCGAGGCAGAGAUGAUCAAGGUUACAAAGACAGAAUUAGAGAAAUUAAAAACCAGCUAUAGACAAUUAAUAAAAGAAAUGAAUUCCGCCAAAGAGAAAUAUAAAGAAGCUGUAGCUAAAGGGAAAGAAACUGAAAAGGCUAAGGAACGUUACGACAAAGCCACAAUGAAGCUCCACAUGUUGCAUAAUCAGUAUGUGUUGGCAUUGAAAGGGGCACAGCUGCAUCAGAAUCAGUAUUAUGAGACUACGCUUCCCCUGCUUCUCGAUUCCUUACAAAAGAUGCAAGAAGAAAUGAUAAAAGCGCUAAAAGGUAUAUUUGAUGAAUACAGCCAGAUAACUAGUCUUGUUACAGAGGAAAUAGUGAACGUUCAUAAAGAGAUUCAAAUGUCGGUUGAACAGAUAGACCCUAGCACAGAAUACAACAAUUUCAUAGAUGUUCAUAGAACAACGGCUGCUAAGGAGCAAGAAAUUGAGUUUGAUACUUCCUUACUAGAAGAAAAUGAAAAUCUACAGGCAAAUGAGAUUAUGUGGAAUAAUUUAACAGCAGAAAGUUUGCAAGUAAUGUUGCGGACUUUGGCAGAGGAACUAAUGCAGACACAGCAGAUGCUUGUGAACAAGGAGGAAGCCGUCCUGGAGCUGGAGAAGAGGAUCGAGGAGGCUGCCAAGACCUGUGAAAAGAAGUCUGAUAUUGUACUUCUGCUAAGCCAAAAACAGACACUGGAAGAGCUGAAACAGUCGGUCCAGCAGCUGAGGUGCACCGAGGCAAAGUUUACAGCACAGAAAGUAUUGCUGGAGCAAAAAGUGCAGGAAAAUGACGGGAAAGAGCCACCUCCAGUAGUCAAUUAUGAAGAAGAUGCACGAUCAGUUACAUCUAUGGAAAGGAAGGAGAGGCUGUCCAGAUUUGAGUCUAUUCGUCACUCAAUUGCUGGAAUCAUUAGGUCUCCAAAAUCUGCACUGGGCUCUUCAUUCUGUGAUACGAUCCCCGUACUUGAGAAACCUCUGGCAGAACAGGACUGGUACCAUGGUGCAAUUCCCAGAAUAGAAGCGCAAGACCUGUUAAAACAGCAAGGAGACUUCUUGGUGCGAGAGAGUCAUGGGAAACCUGGUGAAUAUGUCCUUUCUGUAUUUUCUGAUGGACAAAGGAGACACUUUAUCAUACAAUAUGUUGAUAAUAUGUAUCGUUUUGAAGGCACUGGGUUUUCAAAUAUUCCUCAACUUAUAGAUCAUCACUAUACAACAAAACAGGUCAUCACGAAGAAGUCAGGUGUAAUUCUGCUGAAUCCUAUUCCUAAGGAUAAGAAGUGGAUUCUCAAUCACGAAGAUGUCACAUUAGGAGAAUUACUGGGCAAGGGAAAUUUUGGUGAAGUAUUUAAGGGUGUAUUAAAGGAUAAAACUGCUGUUGCUGUUAAAACGUGUAAAGAAGAUCUUCCUCAGGAACUGAAAAUAAAAUUCUUACAAGAAGCCAAAAUUCUCAAGCAGUAUGAUCACCCCAAUAUUGUCAAACUUAUAGGAGUCUGCACACAGAGACAGCCUAUCUACAUCAUUAUGGAACUGGUUCCAGGAGGUGAUUUCCUCACGUUUCUGAGAAAGAGGAAGGACGAUAUAAAACUCAAACAAUUAGUGAAAUUUUCAUUAGAUGUUGCUUCUGGUAUGGCCUAUCUCGAGAGUAAAAACUGUAUACACAGGUACAAUUUGACAAUUCAUUUGGGUAAAAUGGGAAGACAUCACUCUUCCAGUUCUAUGGCAUAUCCGAUGAAUUAAAUAAAAUCUGGACCAAGUUACUUGUUUAAAAUGUUGCAGCUCUGCCUUAUUCUGAGAAACAAACGGAUAUCCACGCUCUCCUUGUGUUGGUGUCCUUGACUGUAGGCUGCCACCGCGUUUCCUGAUGGUUAUUUCUGAUGCAGCCGGUCUUCAUUCACACAGAACAUUUGCACUGCAUUUUGUCUUUGGGAUGUCACUCUGUAAGAAAGACAAACAUAUAGUUUGAGUGAAGAUAAAUGGCAUUUUAAGCAUAAUAUCAUGUUCCACAUCUUCCUCUUCUAUGAAUGAAAAUUAUCUAGCAGUUUAGAGGAAGAGCUUAGUGAAGUAAAUAAUGAAAAAGUACAUCUAUAUGUGGUCGUGCAUUUAAAAAUGUCAUAACAGAAGAUGAAUGGAAUGUUCAGGUUUAUGAUAAAAGAUUUAGCUACCUUUUGCCAGUGUAUGUCAGAACUCUUGGAUGAGAACCUACUGUGAGACAGUUUGUCCAGGCGUUUAGGUUUCCAUUUCAUCUGCCAUCUGGGAUUUUACUUUUAUUUUAAGGAGCUUUGUUGACAGUAGUGAUUCUUUCUCAGGUGUAAUGUGUUACCUCCAUUAUGCUUAUCAUGUUACAAGUACAGAGAAGUUUUUUGCUCCAGGAUAACUUCCUAGAAUGGUAAAGGUCAUCCAUUAAAUGCUAAGCUCGUUUCUCUGUACACAGAUGAGAUCACUGUAUGAAAUUCUGCAUGCUUUUAGUGUAUACCUUAUAAUGCCACAAGUUCAUGCCAAGCAAUGAAUAUCAUAUGGAUAUUGUUACAUACUCAGGUAGGGGUAACUUUACGUUGAUCAUUUUGUGAAUUUAAAAUGUCAGUGAUGGUAAACCAUAUGAAGAUGGGGUUCCCGGGCAUAGGACGCCUGAAUUCUUGUGGUAAUUAGCUACGAAUUUUUCUGAUGUUCUUCCUCAGUAGUGAAAUGUAAUGAUAGUUCUUCCCCCCGGUCGUUUAGCAGGGGACUUUGCAUCAAGUCGUAGUCACCAAAUGUUUAUUGACUGAAUGAUAAUGUGAUCAUGUAAAUAAAAGUUAUUUAUAGAUAGUAAACUAUACAAAUAGGUAACAUUAUUAUUUUUAUUAUAUAGCAUCAGACCUAGAAGCUAUUUUGUUGAAAAAAAAAUAAAGUAUUAUGUACUCCUUGUGGAGUAUAUAUACCCAAGUAUACCUGACAUAGUUCUUAAACCUAUGAGAAAUAUCUUUUAAAUAUUUUCUCAUUUUCUUUGCUUAAUAACAUUGCAUUCACAUUUACUUUUUAAAUUAAAAGCUGAGUAAUCUUUUUAUAGCAUAUGUAAAAAUUGAAGUUUUAAAACGUGGGUCAGUGAAUGCUAGGCAGAAGAAGGUUAAUUUGCAUUUUUAUCAUUGCUUCUUUUAGCUGCAGAAUAUUUUAAUUUUCCAGUCAUCUCAGACUAUCUCAGUCAGUAUCUCUUUAAGUCUAUGAAUUACUCUUAUGAGCUUAUGUUAGCAGUGAUACUGGCCAGAAACAUUUCAAAGGAACAGAAAACUAGGUGCUUGGCGGUUUCCUUUAUCCUUGUUACAAUAACCAGUUUGAAAGCUUUGAGAAACAAAAUGCAGGGGGAAAUUAUUAGCAGUAUUUUUCCACUCAGUGGCUUGUACAAAGACCAGUAAUUCAUACCUAGUGUGAGCGCUCUGUGCUCUGGUGAAAUGGAAGACGUUUUUCAUUAGAAGCCUGUGUAAAUUCCGAGAAAUCACUGUGCUGGAUUCUCCUCCCUUCCUCUGUAUUUGGAAAGGCAUCAUUUGUCCUGAGAAGUAUAACACCUGUCAGCUGUAAGAUUCAGUCUGUCCUUUCUUACAGACAUUUUUGUUAGUAGUUUUUCUUUACUACCUUCCUUGAUGGACAGCAGCCUUCAACUGACAUCUCAAAACUGUGACUCUGAUCCAAUUACUUAACCUCUUGUGAGAGAAAAGCACUUAAUAGAAAGAAAAUAUAAGACAAGAAAUGUGAGUUUUCCUUUUAAGACAAGUUGACUACCACUCACUAGGGAAGGUCUUAAAGCAAUUUGUUUUUCUUUUAGUAAACUUACUGUUCUCAAGAUCCUGAUAAUUCAGGAGAUAAAUAUUUAGAAUUAUUGACUAUACUUCACCCUUAUAAACAUUAGAACCAUAUAUAUAAUACAGUGGAUUCAAAUGAUUUGUGAACCACUGUUUGGAUAAAUAUAUAACCAUAAAGUAACAGUCACUGUGAAAAUAGGGAUUUAAACAUAAGUUUAUAUAAAUUAUUUUAUGGAAGAACUUUACCAAGUUUUUCUUAGAGGUGAAUUAUAUUCAAAGAUUGUAAAAAAUCUGCAAUUAAGUUCAUUAUCUCCUCCUACCACAGACAUAUCUUUUAAAUAGCAUUAACACACUCUGCUCCAAACUUGCAUAUAGUCUGUAAAAUUGGGGUAAUCAUAGUACUUAAAAGAUUUUAGUGAAACUUGUGUUUAGCACAGUGCCUGGAAUAUUCUAAUCACUCCAUCAAUGUGAGUUAGUGUUAGUAGUCACAGUAUUAGUUUUGAAAUGUUACAGUAGCAGACCGGAAGAACUGUAUUUUGCUUUUACCUCUUGAUGUGCUACUUCUAAAAAUCUAAUAUUCCCAUUUGUUUUGUAUUAUAAAUCAUCUCUUAGGAGGCUUUGUCACUUAAGAGGUAGGAGUUUUAGGGAGCGGCACCCACACAUUGUCCUUAAUAUGCUUGUUCCUAAACUGGAAAUUCUUUUUAGGCAGCAUCUACAGGACUCCUUGUUCUUCUGGCUUGCCGGAAAAGACGAGACAGUGAGGGCCCAGGCUGCUACCUCCCUGGGGGCUCAUUCAUUGCUUAGUGCUCAGAGACUCAUAUCUGCAGCUGUUGUUUUUAUCCUGAUGCAGCCAGUAAUUUACUCAGUUCCAGAAACCAUACUUUCAGUCUGAGAGACUCCCUGACCUUUAUUGAAUUCUCUAUGGACAACUACAGUUACGUGCCUGGAAAUAAUUGCUGUUGUUACCUUUAAAACACAGAAAAAUACCUCUAAACAUUCACCGUGUGGCCUCGGAUAGCUAAUUAAGUCCAGAGCGGACUUGCUGUCCCCCUGCCUUGCAUCCAGCUGUCUGGUCGUCUGGCCCCACUCCAUGUGCGCUCUGAGGUCAGAGCCAUGCAGGUCCCCACUGGGUAGAUCUUGAGCAGGUCUAGCCUCUGUUCCUCCCGGAAGCGCUGGGCAGCAGCAGCGGUGCUCCCUGGCUUUCAUCCUCUGUUUCUUACCUUAUUCCUCACAUGUGGAGCCACCACACAGAAGCUGCUUGGAAAAAGAGGUUGAGAUCUUAAUUUCAGCAGUAUACCCAUCAAAACCCAAGCAUGGUCCAGGAAAAUUUUCUAAGUCAACAUAAUUGGAUAAUUUUCAUUUUCAAUAAAAAGAUUGAUUAAUGAAUAGGAAUUUAUUGCCUAUUCACAGCUACGAACUUACAGCGACUAGAGCAAACCUCCUCGGGCCUAAUCUCUACUUUCUUUCAUUUUGCAGACACUUAUUGGACUAUUCAUUUUGUGCAAAGCAUUGUAUUAGGUACCACCUGUAUAACUCCUUUUUAUAAUCAGGUAGGGAUGGCAGUAAAAAGGUAAACACUUAAUUAGGUAUUCACUAGUUGUGACAGAAGCUGUGAUGGAAGCAAAUGGGAGCAAUGAUGAGAAUAAAUUGUAAGAAGUGGGAUGGGAAAAUCCUCUCACGUGGGAAAUCGGGAAAGACUACUGAGAAUUCUUCACUCUGGUGAAAACCGAAGGAGUUAGCAGUGUGAAGACUUGGGGAACCGGCUCCCAGGCUCUGUCUUGGAAGGUCACUAGGGGGUGCACCAGCCAGCAGAAAAGACUGCAGUAGCCUCUAACCCUUGCACAUCCUUCCAAUACAUAGAAACCUGUUAACAGGCAAAAUUCCAAGAUUAUUUUUUACCAUGUUUUAAAUAUUUGUUGGCAUGUAUUAUAUGCGGUUCCAUCUAAUCUUGAUUUAUCUUUCAAUAUAGUCACUUUGGGGAAAUAAGGCUCUGUCAUACAUCUGUAUUGAAUACCAGUACAAAAUUUAAUUUUAAGCUUAUCUGCCUUUGGGGAUUAUCUCUGCUACUAUUUUAUUACAAUACAUUUUGAAAAGUUGUGUAUAUAUUGUGUGUUCAUUGUACCUAAAAUAAUAAUAAAUUAUUAAUACAAAAAGUAUUAAUAUUAAUCCAUACAAAGUAUGCUGUUAAAAAUGAAACCUAGUCUUUGUCUGUAAAGAUUGCUGUUUUAAGAAAGAUAUUCCCAAUUAACUAUAUUGGAAGUCAUAAAAAGUGAAAAUAUCCUUCAUGUUUUUAUGUUCAAAGUUAAUUUUUACAUUUCACUAGGGACCCAGAAUCAGCAAGUACUUUCAGAAGUAGGCCCCUGAAAUCAAUACAUAUAUUCUCUAACAAUUAUUAUUUCAUAAUAGUAUUAAAAUGCUAA